UCCACACAUACUAUUUCGAAGAAAAAUGCAUCUCCUUAAUGAUAUCUUUAUUUGUCCAAACUGCAUUUUCAGUAUCAGUAAUCACAUCUUUUGUGUGAUUUUCUGACUGAAUGUGUAAAUUGUCAACAGUGCAUCAUUCUUUAUGUUGUCAUCAGUGGUUUUAAGCCAGGGCAAUUAACACACGACUUUAUUUGCCUUUGAUGACAUCACCCUCUACUUGCGGCGACAUUGAUGUUAUUGUGUUGCCGCUAAACAAUGGAACCCCUGAACUUCUACAAUCACGGCGCAAUCUUAUUAUUUUAUACAAAGUUUUGGAAACUUAUGAGAUUAUUGCCACUUCAAAAAUAUCCUCAGGAUGCACGCAGCAUGAAACAACAUGGCUGAUGAUGACAGGCUUCAACUUUUAGUGGUCGCGUCCUCUGACAGCGACUCAGAAAUCAGAGACAUUACCACCUUUUUGGAAGAUUGUGUUGUGGGGACACUAAAAAGGAAGGUGAGCAGUAAUGGCACACAACCCACGAAGAGGCGCUGUGACAUGAUCCCAAAUCCCAGGGAAUCCCAAGAGGUAGCAGGUGAUUCUGUACCGGGAAGGGGGACCGCACGGAAGGGCCACACAAAAUCAGAGUCCCUCACAAAGAAGCAGAGCGGGCAAAAUCUUCUCAAGUCUGUCAAUGCCGUACCAGCCGGAGGGACGAGGAGGAAGUUGAACACAAAAACAGAGAUCCUCACGAGCAAGCAGAGAGGUCAAUCAACUGAAGGGUCUGGGAAGGCUCGCCCGUCCAAGGUGACCACGAGGAAGUCCAACGCAAAAUCAGCGACUCUUGCGAACAAGUCUGAGGGCUCCAAGAAGGCCAAAGAGACAGAGAGAAUGUGUAAUGUUGAACUCGAGUCCAGUACAAAGAAGCAGAGUGGUAAACCAUUUGAAGGGCGCUUGACGACACUUAAAAGGACCAGAGGAAAGUCCACCACGGAAACAGGAAUAGUCGCAAGCAAGCAGAGAGGAAAACCAACUCAGGGGACACUGAGGACUGUGCUGACUAAAGGGACCAGGAGAAAGUCCAGCACAAAACCAGAAACCCCCACAAACAAAGUCAGGCCUAAACGAAAUGGGGAGCCCGUAAAAUCUGUGACUUCGCAUGGGAACAAGGGAAAGUCUAGCACAAAACCAGAGACACUAGCACAGAAGCAAAAUGAUCGACAUCCCGAAGGCUCGAAGAAGGCCGUGCCACUGAAAAGAACAAGGACAAAGUCCGCUACGGAACGAGGACACUUUGGAAAAAAGCAGCAGGUAAAAACGAGUGUAGAAGGACUAGUGAAUAGCAGCUCGCCGAAAGCUACCAAGAGAAAGCGUAGCACAAAAGCAGAGAUAUUCACGAAGAAAACUGAAUCCACGCCGUUGUCAAAAGAGGAUUUACUGGUUCAAGGGACAAAAAAAAGGUUGGGCAAAACAAGAGGCACCCCCACAAAAAAUACGAGCGCUCAAACAACUGAGGGCUUUGUGAAAACAAAGCCACCCAAGAAAACCAAAAGAAGGUGUAACUCAAUACUAGAGACCCUCUCAAAGAAGCAGAGUGAAAUACCCACUGAGCCGUUUGUGUUCUUUUUUGGGGAGACCGAGAAAGAGGUCAGUACUGAGCAGCUGGCAUUGAGGAAGACGAGCGGUGAUAUCGCAGCCGGCUUCAAAGGCUCAUCAACCUCCCACCAGGCUGCAACUCAUCGAGUCUUGUUUGCGCAGAAAUAUCAGCAGGUUAAUAAGCUUGGCGAAGGAGGCUUCGGAUCCGUUUAUGCCGGUUACAGGAAAAGCGAUUGUUUUCCGGUGGCGAUUAAAUACAUACCCAAAGAGGUCAAAAGUGUCCCAUUGAACAUCAAUGGAUUGAAGAAGGACAUUCCCAUCGAGGCGUUGCUCAUGCUUCAAGCGUCUAUCAAAAAGAACUCGGACGGGAAGUCUGCAGUUGUGUCAUUGUUGAACAAAUACGAUCUGGAGCACGAGAUUGCACUGGUCAUGGAGAGGCCGGUCCCAUCUGUGGACCUGUUCACUUACAUUACGAGAUGUCGGCUCGGCGCCCUGCCGGAGCGUGAGGCAAAGAAUAUCAUGAAGCAGCUGGUGGUUGCCGCUAUCAGCAUGCACGCUGUGGAUGUUUUCCAUCGAGAUUUAAAGCAAGAAAAUAUUCUUUUGGAGGCCACGUCCGGUGUCCCUCGUGUGCGAAUCAUUGAUUUUGGCUGUAGCUGCUUUGCAAGCAACGAGCCUUACCGGGACUAUGACGGCACCUUAUGUUACGCUCCUCCAGAGUACGUUCUAAGACGGACGUACAGCGCCGGUCCAACCACUGUGUGGCAUCUGGGCGCACUUCUCUUUGAGUUGAUGGCUGGAACGAAGCGCUUUGACACAGUCAUGUUCCUGUCCCAGAUGCUAAGAUUGAAUCGGGUUCUAUCUGAAGAAUGCGAAGAUUUCUUGUGGAAAUGCUUGAAUUUGGACCCAGAGAAGCGGGCCACCCUGGAGCAGAUGCAGCAGCACCCGUGGCUCGUAUGAUACGACGCAGCACUCCGCACCCUUUCCCACAUCCUCACGGCACCGGGAAUAAUGCAUCCGCCAAAGUGGGUGAACAUUGGUAAAAGACAGGAAAUUUCAGGGGAAAAAUGACAAAAUCAAUAAGUCAAUAAGCGGCCCGUCACAUCGUUACCAUUUGAUAAAACUGCAGCGAUGAAGGCAUCCACACUUAAGUUUGGUUAUCACUGCUAUCAGCGUUCGAUAACUACAGCUAUUGAAGCUUAAGUCAAAUAGAUUGACAAGGGCACACAGCUAUUGCGCUCGCUCUCUCUCUCUCUAUAUAUAUAUAUUUCUUUUCUUAAUGUUGACAGGGCUUCCCCCGAUAACACAAAUUGUAUAUUAAUCACUAAGACUGCCAGUAAAUGAACAUGUAUUGGCAGGAGUCAGCGUUUUGCUGUGAUCACGGACUUGAGGAAACGCUGCACGGUGCCUUAUUUACACAUUUUAUUUUUCCACUUGCACCUUCAUUUGCCUUAAACUACUUGUUUGGUUUGAUGCAACAUUGUGUGUAUAUGGAUGUUGUCUUUUGUUUCAAUGCAUUUAAAAGUGCAUUUCUUUGUAGUUUUUUGUUUUUUUUUCCAUCUGUGCAUUUAUAUAAAAUUUCAUCUCGAUGUAAGUAAUAAGUAAGUUAUUUCCCAGAUUGUUUUGAGAUGUUAUGUAGGCUAGUCACAAUAUGCAUAUUUCAUGUCUUACCAUGAGCGCACAGCAUACAUAUUUCAUGCGCAGCAUGGUCGAAUAAUGCGCAGGAUUUCACGUGUGCAACUUGCACUUGGGUGUCCUACAUGAAUGCAACCCCUGAAGGCGGAUGUUUAUGCCUCGCGUCCCCGCCUGCCCUCUUCCCACUAGCGACUGAGCCGACUGAGCCGACUGCGCUACCGCUUCGACUUCCGGCCCAGCGGGAGGAAGCGCGAUAACAAUGAGUCAGCCAAUAAGAUUAUCAAAUGAGGGGGAAGGAGAGUCACGAGCGGCGACUUUCAGAUCAAAACCUGACACAUAGACAUCAUGAUCCGAUGACCUGAUUGGGACUAAGCAACGGUUCGGUGUGUGUGCGUGUGCUUGUUUUUUUUUUUUUACAACAUUAUUGUAGUCAUGUAUACAACUUCAAUGCACUUUAACACACUUGAUGAUGAAUGAUGAAAACGACGUUAUGUAGAGCGCAUAUACAAAGUCUACACACCCCUGUUUAGAAUUUCUCCAUUUUCAAUGUACAUUUCCCAAGUCAUCUUCUCAACAGUGGCCACACCGUGCUUCACUGUGGAGGUGCUUUUGGGAUUAUGACCGAAAACGUGAUGGUUUGUUGUCAUUUUCCCAAAUGUGUUUUUGCAAAAUGCUCGGACGUUUUUCUUUCAGAUAAGGCUUCUGCCCCGAGUCCUGACAUACGGGCGAUACGGGAGAUUGACAAGCACAAAUUCCUGCAGCUCCUCCGAUGUUAAGGUGUGUCUCUUGUUUCAUCAAUUGUUUCUUAGUGCACCAUUUUUCAUUGGUAUUUCCAAUGCCUUGGAAAUUCUUUCUGCACUCUUGUCGUGAGCGCCAAAGCUGUAGAAGCCUCCUUGCGGAACAGCGCAACUUCAUGUGGCGUUAAUCAGAGUGACUUGAAAUAGCGGCGGGCGUGUGCCGACUCCCUCUUCACGUGAACUUGAAUGUUGUUGGCUAUUUGCGAGCACGGCCACAUCCCGGUUAGGAGAGGGUGUUUUAUUUUUAUACUUCCCCUCUCGAAAAGAU